GCUGUUGAAGCGUGGAUUUGGGGAAUCUGUGCAGAUCGGCGUUGAGGUUUCUUGACAGGUCGAUUUCGCGAGCUAUGGGCUGCUUCUUCGGUUGCUUUCGGGACAAAGAUGAUCGCCACCUCCGCUCUCGCCCUCACCUCGUCUCUCAGUCCUCUCGUAACCCCCAGACGGAAGUCGUGUUAUCCCAAAACCGUUUGUCUGCUCUAUUUUCAGCUGAAGAGCAAGAAGGUUCUCCAAGCAAAGAUAGGGAAAGUCCGCGUUAUGGGUCUCCACAAAUUGACAAGGAGCUCAGGAAUGAGGCCAAGUUUCUUAAAGCUUGUGGUACCAUAGCGGAAACCCCAGCUGAAAUUCGUAAAGUGUCUUCAAGGUUAAAUGGCUCACCCCAUCAUGAUAGAGAUUCAGAGCCUCCAAAAUUCAACUCAUGGCUCCCAAACACAUCCUUUAGAAAUCUUCAGCAAGAGUUGGAUCAACCAGAUCAUCCCCUUACGCCUAUGAAGUACAAUGAAGAGUGGGGAAUGGGUUCAGGUCCUUCUGAGCAUACGCCUAGCAGUUGUGAAUUCAACCAACAGAAUACUGGUAGGAUCGCUAUCAGCUCUUCUGGAGGCAGCGGAAUAGGUACUGAUUCCACAGUGAAGAGUCAUACUAACCGGACUGAGAAUAUUACAACUCCAGAUGUCCAGUGCAGGAGCAAGGCUGUUCGCUUUGAAUGCGAUAAUAAUACAAAUUCCUCCAGAGGUUCUUCAUCCGAAAAUUAUAACCGGAGUUCAAAAGUAUGUGAAACUCCAGGAAAACAGAGCAUAUCAAAGCCUUCGGUUUAUCCAACCCCACUAACUCUUUCUGAGGAGAUGCAGACACCAGGAACUGUUUUCCCUGCAAAUCUCGAAAACUUUCCAAAUGGAAGGGCAAGAAUCAGGUCCCAGUAUGUGUAUUCAGUGCAAAACCCUGUAGACGGCAUCUCUCAGUGGAAUGUACUGAAAGACGAAGAUCCUAAGUCACUUGGACAUUCUGGUGAGCCAAGAGAAUCUCUUAACGACUGGGGAAAUGCAACCCCUACAUCCGAAGAGGGGUCAAAACAAAUGUCAUCUGGACAAGAGGUCAAUGUGGAAUCAAGUUUGUCCGCGUGGCUGAAGCCGGUAACUCAAGAUAACAACAAUCACUUUGGUUAUGUUCCUGGCCAAACUCGUCAUUUUGGAAGAACUCCUGUGGACAGGCCUAUCAUUGGGCUUGUUGCUACUCACUGGAAUGAAGAUGAACAUACUCGUGUCUCACCCAAGUGGUGGGAUGGAAACGGAAUCCCAAAUUCAACAAACAAAUACAAGGAGGAUCAGAAGGUGAGUUGGCAUGCCACCCCAUUUGAAGAAAGGUUGGAAAAGGCACUGUCCGAAGAGAGUUUCAUCUCGCAGAGAAAAAACAUGGAGGGAAAGCCGAUUGUUUUCGACGAGAACGAUGAAAGUGACACAGCCCUUUCUCAGUUGCAAACGUCAUCCCAUCCGAAGUCCGUGGUUUCAUUCUGAUGAGCAUGAGUUUUGUUGCUUGCUUUACAAGGAAUUUGUUGGUGGUGAAAAAAAUGAGCUCUUAAAAAAGAAACCCUAAAUCUGAAGUUUGUUGUUGGGGAUAUAUGGUGAAAUUGGUAAUUUGGCCUUUUGCAUCUAAAGCCAAUGAACGAUCAAAGCGGAUAAAGCAAAAGUUUAUUAGUGUGUCAAUAUAGUCAUGCUUAUGUCAGCAUUCGGGGCUGCUUAGAAUGUGUACAGAAUUAUUGGAAAUUUUAUCACACAGAACUAAUUGCUUGUUGACAAA